GGAAAAAUCAAAAUGGCGGCCGACGCUGGCCUUUAUAGACUAAAUUGACUAAACUGUGUUGUGUUGACGGAUUUUGAACAUACAUAGUGAAAGAAAUGCCUCGUGGUGUAAAAGCUGAACGUCCUCCUCCUGCUGAGUCAGUUGAGGUAAGAGAGUAAAAUAAUGUCAAGACUAUAAAAAUACAUAAAUAGAGUUAACAUUGUAGAAUGAACCUAGUUUAAUAACCCUUGCCUCCAACGAGUCUUCUCACUCUUCUGUGGUCGAGCAGUAGAUUAUCUUAACUAGUAUGAACAACCAGAAGGUCAUAUGUUUGACUCCCAUUGAGAUAAUUCUAUCUUUUUGAUAAGCUCGUAUGGAUGAGUGCAGGUCUGCCUAUCGAGAGAUCACAGGUUCAAACCCUGGCUGGACCACCAACCAGGGUCUUUAAACUGGUAAUAUCAUUCUGGCUGUGAUCAAAGAUCUUGUCUCAGAUGGUGGCAAAUCUUGGACAGUGAUAUUAAACAGUUGGUCUUAUCUCCUUUAUGCUUCCCAAUUGGUAUUAAAGGGUGGAUGAGGAAUGCAAGACCAGUGGAAGGGGAAAUUAAGGAGCCCAUGCUGCUGUUCAAGUGCAUGGUUGUAGACCCUGUGGUGUUGCCAAUAGGGAGCUUAAGCAAUGAAGUUUUUGCGCGACACAUGUCAACAGGAAGUGGCCUUUUUCCAAUCUUGGAGCGUGAUUUUGACCAAAUUUUCCAGCGAAUUGUCUCUGUGAGAGAAAAGACACUUAAGAAUACAAAUUUGGUCAAGUCAAGGCAUAUUAUAAGGGAAAAUCCUUCACUUCCGGUUGACUUGUGUUGCUCAAAAACAUCUUUGCUUAAGCUCUGGGGGGCGUCUGGAAAAGCGGGAAACCGGAAUCCGGAAUAGGAACGGGAAUAGGAACAGGAACAGGAACCGGAACCGGAAUAGGAACCGGAAUGGGAAGAGAAACCUACAUAAAAGUAGGGACAACGUUUACCUUAAUUUAAGUUAAUCUGGAUUUAAUUCCUAUUCAGAUUAAACAGUGUAUAGAAAUAUGAAAAGAAAAAGAUAUAAUCGUGAUAUAAAUAUAACGCCAGAGAAAUGAUUACAGAAACAAGAAAACACCUUUGAAAUGUUAAUCUAAUUAACUUUUCUUUAUCUUUAGCCUAUGACACAUUGUGUUUUCGUGUCAAACAUAAUAGCGAACUUAAGCAACGAGAACGCUGACCGUUGCUUGAUGGAACGCUUCUGUCUCACACAGCGAAUCUGAAUUCUUCCUCUUACCUUCCACUGUGCGAAUUUGUUGAGUCAGAGCACCGAAAGACAGAAAACAUCCACUUCCAGUUUCCAUUUUUAAUGUCCUGGACGUCAACGUUCUGGUUGCUUAUUAAGGUCCCUAUUGCACUCGGUUGAGGUAGAUGAAGGUGGAGGAGGUACGUGUUAAUACCCUUUUUAAGCUGUGGACUAUCUAUCUCUGGUUAACGUCCGAAUUUAGCACAUUACAAUAUGUCUAUGCAGCAAACCUGAGGUGUAUGGCAGCCCAAUAAACGUCUCCGGUGGGUGUCUCGUUUACACAUGGUCUGACAAAUAAUGUUAACAUUUUAUAACCUCCUUUCUGUGAGAGACAAAAGGAACCUUAAGAUCUGACAACGGCAACGCCAGCGAAAACGCCACUGAGAAAUUGAAUUCGGGUCUUAAUUCAAACUAUUUCUCAUUAAUUCCAAAUUGUCCAGUCUUUUAAAGGUUAGGAAAUGAAGCUGGAGACCACGUCCGAGCUCAGAAAGACACAAUAAAAUUUAUCGCCUGCCGUUCAAGAGAACUUAAGAUUUAACUUAAGAUUUGAUCAUUUACGUCGUAGUUGUGCAUAGGCGGUGAAGAAAUUGACAGAAAGCGCGAUGCACUCGCAAAGCUGUUGCUUGCGGCUUUUUCUACCUUCUCGUUGCCGUAAUAUAAAGAGAUUCGGGGGGGGAAGGGGGGAGCAUGAUACAAGACUAGUUUUCUUAGUUUUUGUAUAAAUUGAAUUAGAAUUAAAAUAAUUUAAAGUAAAUGAUGUCCCUGUUAUUGUAUCGGUUCCCCUUCACAUUACUGUUCCUGUUCCGUUGCCGUUUCCGGUUCCGGUUCCGGUUCCUGUUCCCAUUCCGGUUCCUAUUCCGGAUUCCGGUUUCCGGCUUUUCCAGACGCCCAGCUCUGGGACCUUUCUUGUCGUCCAGACUAACAAAACAGGAAAGUGACAAGAACAGCUUUCGUGCUUUUAAACGUUGUGUGAAGAAAAGAGAUUUAACAAAUUUGAUUUUAGAUGGGGAUGUAAAGACUGUCAUUUAUGCAAUAAUGAUAAUAAUAAUAAUAAUAAUAAUAAUAAUAAUAAUCAACUUUAUUUAAUGAGGGUAACACAGAACAGUACUUCAACUGAAGAACUAGUGGCCCUGAAUUAAUCACUUGUGCUAUCUUUUAAUUAUUAUUAACAUUUUAUUAUUUGUAAUGUUAAUUGUUAUACAGUACUGCUCAAAAGUACAGAAUUGUGUCCAUCGCUACAGUAAUCGCGUAGCGUGUGAUGCGAUUCACAUCUCGCGAGAGGGUGGUAACUUAUUUUUGAGCAGUACUAGGGAACUAUGUUUCUAGAGAACCAUAAUCUUUUUAAGUUCCUUUUUAUAACCUUUUCAUCUUACUGUACAGACUUAUUUAACAGUAACACAGUGUCGCCAAUUAUAAGUGUGUUUAUAUGACAGAACAUUUGACCUUUAAAUAAAGUUACUACUACACAUGUAGUACUCCCUAAUCUCUCAUGGAGGGAGGAAGCUGUCACUUGCCUGCUGUAACUAGCAUAAUGCUGUUGCAAUAACUCAACCAAGAAAUGGCAAAUCUAGAAAACCUAAAGCUCUUUUUUUUUCCCAAGUCACAUGUGUAACUGACUCGAAAAAAAAACCUGUAAAUGCAAAAGUUUACAAAAAAGAAACACAAAUGAAAUAAAGUAAAAUAAAACCGCUGAUAAAAUACCUACAAGUAUAAUAUUAUGUACCAGUCAAUUACAAAGCCGCCCAUCCCUGGAUGAAAUUGCCUUGUACAUUAUUUUGUGAAACACCUUUUAGGCCAUUUCCAUGGGAUGGUCUAUUUCAAGGAAGCUACAGUUUAAUGGUUUAUAUUGUAUGUUGUAGAUGGUCAAAUAGUUUUGAACCAGUUCAAAAUUUUAAAAAGGUUUGAUUAUUUUAUACCAGUUUAAUUUUUUUUAAAGAAAUUAAUAAGUUUAAAAGCAAACUAGUGAAAACAUUGUAAAAUAUUUUUUAUAGCCACUGCAGGCUUCUACUGUGGUGAUUCUUCAUCCUGGUUCAAUGUCCCUGUGGCUAGGCCGUGCCACAGACCACCUACCCCAAAGUAUUCCUCAUGUUAUUGCCUGGAGGAAGCCUCCUGGUUGUCCUGUGGAUCUCCCUGAUCAAAGUUUGUUGGUCCGAGAAGGAAUUGAUCAUCCUGAUAGUGAAACACAAAAAGAAUUGGCACUCAGUGUGAUUGAACAAGCUAUAUGGUCCAGAAAAUCUUCAUCAGGAUCAAGAAAGCAUCAAACUACAGUAUCACAGGUAACUAAUCUCAUUAAAUAGUGACUUUCUUCUCCAAAGGCCUCUUUUUGGCAACUCUGGCCCCAGUAGUUCAAAAGUUGGAUUGUAGUAUUCAUCAGAUAAAUCACUAUGUAGUUGAUAAGUAUCAGGGAAACCAACAUGCUAUCCACUGGAUAGAGGUUUAUGCAAUGUGUCGCAGUUGGGUUUCCUGAACUUUUGCAGACAGAGGUAAUGACCAAAAAUCUAAAGUGAACAAAAGUUCUGCAUUUUUGGGGACAAUUGUAUUGUUGAAACAGUGAAAAAUUAUUGGCACAAAUCAAAUCUUGUAACUCGCUAUCAUAGUGAGAAUACAGGUCGGUGUUCAGAAUGAAUAAUUCAUCACUACGUAAUGCAUAGCAUUAUCCACAAUUUGAACAACUUGGACGUGGCUUGGAAGUGUGAAAGAGGUUAAGUGAAUAAUGGGAAAGAUAAUGGGAACUCUCUUCUCCGUAGAGGCCUCUUUGUGUUGUGGGGAGGCUGGAAAGAAAGAAAAAGAGAGCGCGCCCAUCGUCCCGCGCGCUUUCAAUUUUUUCGAUUAUUGAUAUUUUGAUGGGGAUACCCAGCGGGAACCUCUGCGGAGGAGAGAGUAAUGGGAAGGAAAAUUAAGCAUCCAUGUUGUUGUUCUUCCCGGCUCAGUCAGUUCCCUUCAUGAUUUCUGCUCUGUUUGGAGCUUCUGUGAAGGACAGUCUGAAAACACCAUAAUUCAAGCCAGGUACAAUUGAUGUGAAAGUUGCAAAAGGAACUCUGUUAAUUUUCCUUGAAAAUGGGCAUUCCUUAACUGCCUUCUACAGUUUUUGCAGAGGUGGAAUUUUGUGUAGAUAUCUAGAAGAGUGUGAGUGAAUUUGGACCAUUACAUGGUUCUGUUUGAAUGUAAUGUCACCAAUGGAUAUUCUUUUUGGCUGUGAGCUUAUUAUUCUUUAAGACUAAUUUAUUAAUUUUGUAGGUUUCAGCUUUUAAUGCUAAAGUUGAACCUGAACUCCAUGUUGAUGAUGAGUCAUCAAUUAAGUGGACAGACACGAGUACAGCUCCACCUAUCAUUGUUGGGGAACAAGUAAGUUUAUCAUGGGCAGAGUGGUUUAAUUACACCAAAGGCAAAAGUUAUCCAUUUUGCUUGAAAAAAUAACACUGAUAUCCAGUAUAUUCAACAUAACUUCCAAAAAUUGAUAGAUGAAUUGAUAGUUAUUCUGGGUAAAGAAAAAUGAAAAAUACAUAAUUCAUUAUACAAACUGUAUUAAUUUAUUGGUUUUUCACAUACCAUAAGGCAAUCUGUUAUAAUUGGAACAUGUAGAAGAUAAUGGCCAAGCAGCAAUGCAAUGCCACUUGCCUUCUUCUACAGCAAUACAUGUACAUGUGGUUGCAUUAAUGUUAUUAUUAUUAUUAUUAUUAUUAUUAUUAUUUUUAUUAUAUCAAAAAACCCAUGUAGUUACUCAGAAUUUCCCUAUUAUUUUACACAAAUUAUGUAGUUGCUUUGGUUACAAUUCAUGUACAAUUUUUUUUUAUCUACACAGGCUUUGUACAUUCACCCUGAUGAACCAUAUUCUCUUCACUGGCCAAUGAGAGGAGGGCAUCUAAACCUUCAUGAUGGACCAGGGGGGUCUCUCACAGCAGUCUGUGCUGAUCUGGAAACUUUAUGGGCUUAUGCUAUCCAGACACAUCUUGCCAUCCCACUUCGAGAUCUUGGGGUUUGUUUUCCAUUCUGACCUUUAACAAUUUAAUUACUAAAUUAGAUACUAUAGGCUCUAUGGAAACCAGUUGUUUUUUGAUAUGAACUCAAGCAGUGAAACUGCACAAAAAUUUUAUUCACUUCAAGUAUAGUUUGCACAUGAAUAAGAAAUAUAUUUUUGGUCAAAAUUCUUCGUUCUUUAAGCCAAGUGCGUGGAACUGGCUCUACUAGCAUCACUUGUCCAAUAAUUUUUAUAACACCAUUUGCCCCAUAGCAGAAAAUACAGCUGUAUAAGUCAAAACUAUUUCUCUUGUUUUCCUUUUCUAUUACAAUUUAAAGGAAAAAGCAUGUCCUCUAUUAGUAAAAUAGUUAUAAACGUUCCAGUUAAUCAAAGACGUGUUGGCUCAGAAUUUUCAGUUAGUAGAAAUAAUUUUUAUUUGCAGAUGUUAUAAAAUUGAUUUUCUUUUCAUAGUAUUACAGAGUAGUCCUUGUGGUGCCAGAUUCAUUUGACAAGAAUCAUAUCAAAGAAAUGAUGAAUAUCUUACUUUGCAAACUUGGCUUUUCUUCUGCUAUCAUCCAUCAGGUUAGAAAGCUGCUUACAAAUGAAAAGAAUAGAAUAUAAUAAUCUUUAUUAUGUUUUUGUCGAUGUACAUGGUUGAUAUUACAGUCUAGUAGAUUUACUUACAAUAGAAGAUUAAUUAAAUUUAAUGAAAAUAAUGUGCGAGCUAGGAAGCUAAAUGAACCAGUUGGUUUUCUUGUUAGCUCACUGGACAAUUUAGUUUCUACAUUUAGGUAGCAUGUAAAAUCAAAAGAAAUACAACAAGAAAAAAAGAAGGUUGAACUUUAACAUGAAAUUUGUUGGUUCAUCAGCAAGAUGAAAAGUUAUUUCAUUUGUUGUUCUUACUGUAGAUAACGUACAUGUAUAACUUUCUUUGGAAGUGCAGACACACUUGGGUUUUUAAAUGAGUUGGAAGGUCUUUCGAAACAUCUGUAGCCAUAAAAGAGAUUGAUUGUUCGCCUAUGUUAGUUCGUACGCUUGACUUGUAAAGAUUUUCCUUAGCUUUAUAUCUCGUAUUGUAGCAAUGUAUAAUACUAGCACAUUGAAAUGCAACUACUGUAAUUCAGACAUUUAUUUACCUCUGAAUUGAAAAAUAAACUUAUUUAUCCACCCUGUUUUCAUGUGACAGGAGUCAGUAUCUUCUGUGUUUGGUUGUGGUUUAAGUGCUGCUUGUGUUGUUGAUGUUGGAGAUGAAAAGACAAGUAUCUGUUGUGUUGAAGAUGGUUUAGUUGUUCCAAGUUCAAGGUAAUGCAAAAACACACUACUUUAAUGUCACAAUCGUCACGGUAUAAACUUUCACUAGGUUCAUUUCUAUUAUUAGGUUAGUAUCUACUAAACUUAAUUUUUUUCAGUUUAGAUACAGUGUAAAAUAUUAAUAGAAGAGGAAUUAUGUUGGGCAACUAUUUAGACUGAUUUUAACAAACCCAAACCCUUUCUGGAAAACUUUUUUUGGGGGGGGGGGGGUGGUGGGGGGGGCGUGGGGGGGCAGGUUGGGGGUAACCAGUUCUAUUUCACCUUUAUUUUUUUCACAUAUGACUAAAUUGUUUUCCUUCAAGAAACUAAAAAAAUCGGUAAUUAAAUAUUUAGGUUGUGGCUUCAGUAUGGAGGAAGAGACAUCACAAGGGCAUUCUUCUGGCUGUUAAGAAGGGUAAGAAGUGUACACAUGAGACAAGUAUAAACCACAGAAAUAAAACAUCAAUUUGUCAGUGCUCCACUUUGGUUGCCAUGGUGAGAAGGAAAAAAUUUGAAAUUGCAAUUCAAGAUGCCACUAUCAAUUUGGCAAACUUUGUAUGCUUUGUUGUAGACAAUCUUGUGCUAACCCAAACAGAUCUUUGUUAGUGUUUAUGGUCUCUUUAAUGAGAUAAAUAUUUACGCAUGCAUGAAAUUUCAUAAUUUUUACGGUUUGUAUUUUUUAUAAUUUACUUCUUUCACCCUUCCUGCCUUCAUGUAUUAAGCCUUGAGAUGUUGCUUGAUAGCAACAGUUGGGCAACCAUUUUGAAUAUUUUAUGCCUUUUGUUUAAUAUUGCACUCACUAAGUGUCCCUUUUUCUGGCAACCAUUAGAAGGUUUAGGUGACCAAAAGGCAACUUAAACAGUUGAGCUUGUAACACUGUCAUCAGUUUUCAUAACACAUACACACGCAUGGGUGGCUGUAUGGCUGUAAAAUGAGGAGGGGUGGGGGUGAAGCUGUGUACUCCCUUAUAUACGUGUAAGCUAUAGACACCUUUUAGUCUGAAACUGGGUAGAGAUUUUUACGAUUUCAUUUGUGUUUGUGUUCUCGGGAGGCAAGGUCUUGGAGUGGAAAUGUUUCAAUGUUUAUCAUUUUGUUUCUUGCAUGAGAACAGUUCGGUGCUGAAAUAUGGUAGGAAAAAUCACAUUGAUCUGAAAAAGGGUUAGGGUUUCACUCACGGAGCAUCCUCCAUAUUCCCAUGCCAAUUUCCAGAUUAAUUCUGACCUGGGUCAUUAUAGGUGAACAUAAAAGAACUUCCAGUCAUAAAGGGAGGUGGGAUAAUGACACUCUACUAAGCAUCAUGUACCCAGAAGCCAAUAAGUUACCAUCUUGGGUCAUGUGAAAGUUCAGAGCAAACAUUUAGCAUAGAUGAGUCAUGGUGUCCCCCCUUAAAAUAAAUGUAACUUUUUCAACACUGCUGAAUUACUUUUCUAUUUUGGUCUUGCUAGGUUAGUUUUCCUUACAAGGAGUGUGAUGCCAACAACAGACUUGAUGUCCUUCUUCUCCAUGAACUAAAGGAAACCUUUUGUCAUCUUAGCCAGGUACAAUAUCAGUUAAGUAGUAUAGGGCCCACUGGUUAGACUCUUUUUUGGGCAGGAAUCCCAUUAAUUGUUUCUUGCAGGAAGCACGAUUUUUUACUCUCCCUUCUACCUUUUUACUUUUCUUCAUUUCUUUUGUUUUCCCUCAAUCACCGCCACAUUUUUAUUGUUUUCCCACCACCACCACCACCACUACCACAUUUCUAUUGUUUUCUUUUCACCACCACCACCACCACCACUCUUCUACUGUUUUCUCUCCUCCUCCACCACCAUCACCACCACUUUUAUAUUGUUUUUUCUUUCCCACUAUUACAUUUCUUUUGUUUUCCCUCCACUACCCCACCACUUCUUUUCUACUGUUUUCUCUCCUUCACCACAGACAACCCUUUUUUCUAUUGUUUUCCCUUCAACCACCUCCACCAUUUUACUGUUAGUAGUUACUUUCAGCUAUAAAUUCUGUAUGCAUUAAUCCCCUGGGCCUAGUUGUUCGAAAGGUGGAUGACGCUUUCCACCGGGUCAAUCACUAUAUAGUGGAUGACGCAAUUGGUUUCCCUAAUAAUAUAUAUCCGCUGGAUAGUGACUUAUCCGGUGGAUAGUGCUAUCGAACAUUUGAAUGCCGGAGCCCGGUGUGCUAUGAAGUGCUUAUAAUCCAGUGUAAUCUUGUGAUGAUUUUCCUCUACCCCAGGAUAUUGUUGGUGGACAAGUUCACGAGUUUCAAGUUCAUCGACCUUUUGAUACUCCACGCUCGUAUCAGUUAAAGAUUGGUGAUGAAGCUAUUGAGGCACCUAUGGUAAAACAAUCUGGUUCAUGUUUUUCCGGAAAGAUCUCAUUUAAUUUUGAUUUGGAAGGAGAUUAGUUCCUAAAGGAACUUUUGGUCACUGUGCAACGUGGUUUCAACUUUUGGGGAUAGCCUGUGACCAUUCAAUAAAAUUUGAUAAAGAAAAACGUGCUUGCAGUGAUGUUUAUUAUGCUGUGCAUUAGAGAUUUUUGCUUUUGUAUACAUAGAUGAAACCCCCAGUGUGAUCAUUUCACCGACAACUACAAGAAGUUCUCCCUGUGAAUUUGUCUAAAAUAUGCUGAUCAGGAUGGUCCCUUCCUGUGCGCAGUGAAAGAAAAUUUCCAACGCAAGCUGGAAACAAACAAUCUUGCUUAAUAAAUGACCACUGUUUAUGUUAAUUAUUAUCCAUUGACUUCCCUAAGGUUUACCUUUCGUUUACUUUUGUUUUUGUUUUUUAUCAACAGGGAAUGUUUUUUCCUCAAUUGUUUGGAAUUGUUGGUGAAAAGCUCGUUUACACAAAAGAUCAUCAAUAUGAUGACCCAGAAGAUCUGUACGAUGACAGAUACUUGCUUGAGGUUAGAACGUGUAGUGCCCACGAAGGGGUGAUACACUUUCCUUUUUUUGCGAAUUUGUAGACAUGGUAUGUGUUUUUGAUUAUUGUUCACGCUAAGAGUCCUGUGCUAACUCUGUAGGCCAUUUUCGAGUUACCUCAAGUCUCUGUUUCAAAGUGAGGCUGAGUGCGAAGCCAUCGAUAUAAAUUUAUAAAAAUAUUAUAUAAUUUUUUUUAUUUUCAUGCAAAUAAAACUCUUUUUCACAAAAUUAGGUUUUGAAUGUGAAACUUUUUGGAACUCGGAAAUGGCCUUUUGAAUACCAAUUUGCCACGCCUGUCUUCAGAAAAACAUUUGUAAAUGCUGAUAAUAUCGUUAGAAUGUACUAAGUAAUUUCCCGUGCUUCGCGGUUCCUAGUCGCAGAGAACCCAGGAUCAAUCCAGCAAAUCUGGGGGCUCCAAAGCUGGGCCAAAUAUCGAGCUAGUCCCAGAACAUGAUCAGGACAUUGCAGCCGUCAUAAAGACUGGUAACAAAGACAUGAAGCUUGUUUCUGAGAAAAGCUUGGGUCUAGACCAAGCAAUCCUACAUAGCAUCAAUUGCUGUGGUAAGUAACACUUCUGUAAUCAAUACUUCGCCAGUUUUUUCGUUUAACAUAAAUUCUAUCCGUUCAUCGGCGCCGUGUGCGAAAGUUAAACUUUUUAUUUUUCACAGCAACUGAAGAAACUAAACGAAAGAUGUACAGCUCUGUUCUACUGAUAGGAGGUGGUUUCAUGUUUAAUGGCGCGGCGAACAUGUUGCAGUCUAGACUACAGGCUAAGCUGCCCGCACCCCAUCGCAAGCUUGUAGAUCAGGUUGAAGUGAUUGCUAGACCCAAGGUACGUUUUGUUUUUUUUUUUUUUGUUCUUGUUUAAAACAAUUUGCCAUCGUGAAAGCAGUAGAAGUGAAUCACAACGCGAAUGUGUAUUGUAGAUCUCGAGACGAAUUGAAAUGGGUUGAAAUGAGACAAGGUAGGGCGUGUUUACUAUACAAACCUUCUGAGAAGAGGACAAAACAUCGGCUGGAGAGACCGUGCCACGCUUGAAAGGAUCUACGGGAGACUAACACCUCUAUCUUUGAGGCUCAAGGGAAAGCGUCUCCAGUUUGCUGGUCAUUGCUAUUGGGCAGAUAAAGAAAUAAUCUCCUCCUCUGGAGUGCAUUCACGUAAGCUAUCAUACCCCGAAGUGAUUGUGAGGGAUACAGGGCUUGAUACCAGGGACCUGAUUACAGCGAUUGCGAAUCGUGGUGUUCGGGAAGAAAUCUCCAUGAGUGUGCCGACCACUACCGGUGGUCGAAGGAUGAUGAUAAGGGCGUUUUCUACGACAGUCUCGAGAGAGGCAGUCUGCUUAUCUAACAACUGACGGACGAGGAAACCUCGUAACGCGUAACUUCCCAUUGGUUAAUUAUACUUUGUCAUUUCUCUUUAACAGGAGAUGGAUCCUCGAACGAUUUGUUGGAAAGGUGGUGCGGUUCUCAGUAUUCUCGACUCUGCUCAAGAAUUGUGGAUCAGCCAACGGGAGUGGAUCACUAUUGGAGUUAGGGUGCUAAGAGAAAGGUCACCCUUUAUUUGGACAAUCUGCAGUUAGUGCUAGUGCGUCAGAGUCCAAAUGACGGCCACCGAAAACAAUAGUGAUACAUUGUAUAAAGUAACCUGCGAGAGAACAAAGGAGUACUGACCGCAAGUUUUUGGGACCAUCAGAGGCUUAAAAAAUUAUCGAAAGUUAAUUUGUUCACUUGAUCGUGGAACAGAAGUACCUCUACAUACAUAGUGGAAUAGACCUUUUUAGCUUGUAGGUUUUAUUUUGUCAAUUCAGAGCACGCUUCUUUUCAUUAGGUAUGCACGCAAAUGGACGUGGAUAGCGCGGUAUUUACAGUUCUCUGGGUUAACAUCACAUGGUCUGCAAUGGGAAGGAAAUUAAAACAUACUAGCAUAAAGGUCUAUACUUAAAUGAAUUAGAGCAAGC